ACUUUGAUUGACAUCUACGAAGAUCGGAUUACAAGAUGGCGGUCUGCGGACGUUAGCGAGGAGGCCGUUAGAGUUGUUGUGCUUUCUUUGAAUUUUACAGUUUUAUUACCAGGCCUUCUGCUUAGCCCCUUUAAGUAGUUGACGUAAUAUGUUUAUGAAGUUGGCAAAAAAUAUAUAACUACUGUCGUAAACUUUCAUUAGACGUGCAUGUUUAAUAACAUGCAGGUGGGAAAAAAGUUAACAGGUCGAGGAAAACACUAGACGGAGCGAGCUGAUAGCCUGUUAGCUUCGACUUGGUUAACCAUGUCGGACACUCGGCGGCGGGUGAAAGUGUACACCCUUAAUGAAGACCGACAGUGGGACGACCGGGGCACCGGACAUGUUUCGUCCACAUUUGUGGAACGAUUAAAGGGAAUUUCUUUAUUAGUUCGAGCCGAAUCUGACGGUUCAUUAUUGUUGGAGUCGAAGAUAAGUCCGAAUACUGCAUAUCAGAAACAACAGGACACACUGAUUGUCUGGUCAGAAGCAGAUAAUUAUGACCUUGCCCUAAGUUUCCAGGAAAAGGCUGGUUGUGAUGAGAUCUGGGAGAAGAUUUGUCAGGUUCAAGGCAAAGACCCUGCUCUGGACAUCACCCAGGACCCUAUCGAUGAGUCAGAGGAGGACCACUUUGAAGAGAUUCCAGAGACCACCCACCUGGUCGAGCUCCCUCCCUGCGAGUUAGGCCGGCUUGAAGAAAUUGCUGAUCUGGUUACGUCUGUCUUGUCCUCACCCAUCCGGAGGGAAAAACUUGCUCUGGCAUUGAUGAGCGAGGGGUACAUCAAGAAACUGCUGGGUCUCUUCAGAGUGUGUGAAGACCUGGACAACCGAGAAGGCCUGCAUCACCUCUAUGAGAUUGUGCGAGGUGUCUUGUUCCUUAACAAAGCAGCCCUGUUUGAGGUCAUGUUCUCUGACGACUGUAUUAUGGAUGUGGUGGGCUGCCUCGAGUACGACCCAGCACUGGUUCAGCCGAAACGACACCGAGAGUUUCUGACCAAGACGGCAAAGUUUAAGGAAGUGAUUCCAAUCACGGACUCGGAGUUGCGGCAGAAAAUCCACCAGACCUACAGAGUUCAGUACAUCCAGGACAUAAUCCUGCCCACACCCUCAGUCUUUGAAGAGAACUUCCUGUCCACACUGACAUCCUUCAUCUUCUUCAACAAAGUGGAAAUUGUCAGUAUGUUGCAGGAGGAUGAGAAGUUCCUCACUGAGGUCUUUGCACAGCUUACAGAUGAAGCCACAGAAGAAAGUAAAAGAAGAGAAUUGGUGAACUUUGUCAAGGAAUUCUGUGCUUUUUCGCAAACAUUGCAGCCACAAAACAGGGAUGCCUUCUAUAAAACUCUGGCGAAUCUAGGGAUUUUACCCGCUCUUGAAAUAGUCAUGGGAAUGGAUGACCUUCAGGUGCGAGCAGCGGCCAUUGACAUAUUCUCUUACCUGGUGGAAUUCAGCCCAUCAAUGGUCAGAGAGUUUGUCAUGCAGGAACCACAGCAAACUGAAGAUGAUGUUCUGCUGAUAAAUGUUGUGAUCAAGCAGAUGAUUUGUGACUCAGAUCCAGAGUUAGGAGGGGCUGUCCAGCUGAUGGGUCUGCUCAGGACACUCAUUGACCCUGAAAACAUGCUGGCUUCCACCAAUAAAACUGAGAAGACAGAAUUCCUGAGUUUCUUUUACAAGUACUGCAUGCAUGUCCUGACCGCUCCUCUUCUGGCCAAUACUGCACAUGACAAAAACUCAAAAGAUCACCCAGAAGGAUCUGCAAAGAUUAACCCAGUUUGUCCAGACAACUUCCAAACGGCUCAGCUGCUGGCACUGAUCCUGGAGCUGCUCACAUUCUGUGUGGAGCACCACACCUACCAUAUCAAGACCUAUAUUAUGAACAAAGACCUGCUCAGGAGAGUGCUGGUGCUCAUGAACUCAAAACACACCUUCCUCGCUCUUUGUGCAUUGCGUUUUAUGCGCAGGAUCAUUGGACUAAAAGACGAGUACUACAACCGCUACAUCAUCAAAGGGAACCUGUUUGAGCCUGUCAUUAAUGCCCUGCUGGACAACGGCACCCGAUACAACCUCCUCAACUCAGCCAUCAUCGAACUCUUCGAGUUCAUCAAAGUGGAGGACAUCAAAUCUCUCAUAGCUCACAUUGUGGAUAACUUCUACAAAGCACUUGAAUCCAUUGAAUAUGUACAGACGUUCAAGGGCCUGAAAGGCCGGUAUGAGCAGGAGAAAGACCGGCAGAGUCAGAAACUCAACAGAUAUCGCAGAGACGCACGGUCUUUGGACGAGGAUGAAGAGUUGUGGUUCAACGAUGAAGACGACGAUGAAGAUGGCGAGGCGGUGGAGAGGAGGAUGGAUGAUGACUUCUCUGACAGCUACGAAAAGUUCAUGGAAGCCAAAAAAGGAGCUGCCAACGGAGCUAAUGGUGCCAAUAACGCAAAGUCUGCCACUAUCCCACCUGCCUCACCAGCUGUCACUUCAAACACUUCAUCUUCCUCAGUCAAAACAGUUGCUCUUCCUGCCACUCCUGUUGUUAAGACUGCUCUUGUUGGUUUGGUGGACUAUCCUGACGAUGAGGAUGAAGAGGAAGAAGAUGAGGAGGAGGAGCAGUCUCCAAGAAAGCGACCCCGUCUGAGCGCUUAAGGCUAAUAAUAGUCCUCUCUGGUUUGGCCAUGGUUGACGGACGUUGAGUCUCUCCCAUUCCCCUCUCCCUUUGGCUGACUCGUUGGUCCUCGGCCUGCUGGCGCCACCUUCUGGUCCCUCUGAGGUGUCGCACCGAGCAAGAUGAGCCUCCCGCCUUUCUCAGUCCUGAACUCUGCUCCUUGCUCCCUCUUUGGAAGGAGGUGGAGAGCUUCUCUGGAAAGACAGACUGCAGUCUAUUUCUAUAGGCUGUGUGGUUGUUUUUUUUUUUUUUACCCCUUUUUAUUAAACACAUAACCUGGUUUGGGAAAUCCAAAUCUCUUCUUCCUGAAGGAAGCUUCAUUUCGAUUUACUCGUUUUUCUCUGCUUUCUUUCCUUCACCAUUCAACCGUCAAACAUGAGACGUGGCAACCCCAGUUCUAACGCCGUUUUCCCCCACUAUUUCUGUUGCUGCAACAGCCGGGAAGCUUCGGCAUUACGGCAGUCCUUUACAUCCAUCUCCAAACCGAAGCAAUGAGGCAGACGAAGCCAAAACCCGACCAGCCAGCGUACAAACUGUUCAGCUGGCCGCCCAGGCUAGCGGGACUAGCCCUCAAAGCUUGACUGGCUGGAGCUGAUUGUGUGCCACCCUGUCAGAUUCAGAGGGAUUCAGGCAGCAUAGAAAUGUUAAAUGAAGGGGGAGGUGACGAAUCAAAACCUGGAUGAACACUCAGCCGUGAUGUUGCUUAGCUCCAGUAGAGCAGGACUCAAACAUUAAAAGCCAUGGCAUCAGUUUGGGCAAGGCGCACAGAACACAAACACACAAUGUUUUGCAGGAUUGUUAGCCAGGCGUCCUGCAUUUCAUGAGUUUGUUGAAGUACUGUACACAUGUUGUUUCUUUCCCUUUCUAACAAUUUCCCAUUGACGUGGUUUUGAAACGGGAGAGACAUGCCCACCUGCUUUUUUCUUUUGUUAAUUUUGUCAUUACACAAAAAGGUGGGUCACUGCACCGUUUUAGUGCAUUUCAUUUGUUUUGGUGUAAACCUCAGAAAAACAUGUCGGGUUUAAAAAAAAAAAAAAAAUCUUAUUAAAACUGCGGCAGUGUCACUCCUGCAGCCAACAUUUUGAGGAUGCUUUGAGUUUUUGUCAGUUUGAGUUUAGCCUCUUUAUGAGCCACACCCAAUGAUCUGCUGUGGUUUGGUUCUAACUGGGUGGCAGACCAUAGCUCCACCUUUUAUGAAGUCAAAAACUUUCAGACAGAUCACAGGGGCAGUUAGUUUCCAUUUGACAUAGAAAGCCUCCCACCUUGGUGGAGCACAUACGUUUCCUUUAAUUAAACCUGCAGUGAAAUAAGCAGAAGGAAACGAGUUGCAGUGUUAAGAGGUGUGAAUGGAUGAGCAAUUUUUCUUUAGUUCUAAUCAAGACAUGAUUUGACCCCUGUGGUUGAGGCAGUGUAGCUUUUUGAUGUAAUGUGUUUUACAGUCAAAUCACACAAAGUCAGAUGAAGGGAUUCAAAACUAAGUCUCUGAGAAUGCAAGCAGUGGGGUUGGAACGAGUAAAAUGAUUGCCAAUGUGCUUGUCUGGAGCUGGGCGAUGAACUGGCUUUGCUCCUUUCUGUCGGCGUCACCCAGCAACGACGGCUUCUGCUCUCAAUUUGUACCAAGUGCAUUUAGUACCACUAUCCAUUCUUUACAUUUGUAUGAAUUUAUUUGAUAAGUUUUGGAAAUUAAAUGUGACCCUGACAUUGAA